GUUUACAUUAUUUUGUCAGUCUGUCGUUUGUUUUCAUUCUUACCAGUCGACAUAAUUGUGUAUUUGCAAUUAAUAAUAUUAAACGAAUUUGACAUGAUCAAUUGUUAAAUGGAACUUGUUACUGUAAAAGUUCUUUUCUUUGCCGUUGCUAAAGAGAUUUCGGAAAAAACUGAAGCAGAAAUUAAGUUACAAUCGAAAAUUUCAUACACCGAAUUGAAGCAAUUUAUUUGUGAUACCUUUGGACUGGAAAUCAUUAAGCAAAACAUCAUUCUUGCAGUAAAUCAAGACUAUUGUGAAGAAGGUGACUUGGUUCUCAAAAACAACGACGAAAUUGCAGUCAUUCCUCCACUGUCAGCAGGUUAAAAUGGAUUUUCUUAAACUCACAUUUGACAAGCUCGAUCCCACUGAAAUAAGUGAGUUAGUUACACAUGAAAGUUGUGGCGCUCUUGCAAUGUUUGCAGGUACCACGCGUGACAAUUUUGAAGGAAAAGAGGUCGUUUCACUUGAAUAUAAGGCAUAUAAUGAGAUGGCAAAGAAAGAGAUGGCAAGCAUUUGUUAUGAAAUAAGACAACGAUGGCCUGAUGUUAAGCAUAUUGCAAUGCAUCACAGAUUAGGCUUAGUACCAGUAAAAGAGGCGAGUGUCAUCAUCGCAAUUAGUUCUCCGCAUCGUAAAACUAGUCUUGAGGCGCUUCCGUUUGCCCUCGAUGAACUCAAAAAGUCAGUUCCAGUGUGGAAAAAAGAAUUUUAUAAGGAAAAAGACGGCGAAGGAUCUUCUCAAUGGAAAGAAAAUCCGGAAUGUACAUGGUCGAAGCGACAUCAACUUGAUAAUCACAAUAUUUAGAAUUUAUAAGAUUUUAAUGGGUAAUGGGUGGAUUCUAUCCUAAUUAAUGUGCCUUAAAUUUCUUUUGUUUGGCUAAUGUUCCUGAUAUCUUUUGAUCAAAUAUUUAUGCAUUUAAAUUAAAUUUUAAUAACAGAAACAAAAAUAUUUACUGAGUAUAUUUAAUAAAAUUCAUCACGCAAUUUUACAACAUAAGUAUAAAAUUAAUUAGCUUUUUAAAGUGCAAUCGUGUGUUAGGAUGGAAACAUCCGGAGUAUAUAAUGGAAAACCUACAUUUAGCCUUGUUUCCGCUGGUAUCUGCAAAAAUACUUACAAUCAACAACAGGACAAAAUGAAAAGGUAGAAGAAAGUUUUUACCAUGUUGCGGUAGAUAGAUUUUGUUUAAAUUAUUUUUGAUAACAAAACUCGAAAAUUUCGUUCAGUCAUUCGAAAACACUUUAAGACAUCAUUAUCUUCGACUGCUUAUAUAAUAAUUUAGACCAAAAAAUUUCUAUGGAAAAUAAUUUUCAACUUUAAUUUACUAUUUUUUAUUCUUAAUCUCAAUUUUUUUUCUUAAUCUUGAAGCUCUAGAUUUUGCAUUUACAUUCUGGUUAUCUGUCCGGUUUGGCUUUUUUUUAACCUUGCGUUUAUCAUAGUCCAAUUUUUUUUUAAUUUUCCUGACAUUUGUAUGAGACGUUUGAAAUUCAGAAGCCAAAUCACGCAAGGUUCUGUUAGGAUUUGUCAACAGUGCUUGAUUUAACUUCUGAGCCAAAGUUUUAUCACCUGUUCCUUUUUUUCUACCGCUUCCUGCUUUUCUGUCGACAGUUCCUGAGUCUAUGAAACUUUUUAUGACUCUUCGAACAGUUGUUAGUGGAAAAUCCAUUUCCUUAGCAAACAUUGAAAGUGGUUUCGAUUUAUUUUCCACGUACUUUUGCAAAAUCUUUCUUCUACGAGCUUUUUGAUCAUCCAUUCUUUUCGAUUUUAUUUCAAUCUUUUUAUUUCUUCCAAGCUUGUGUUUCUGGUAGAAGGUCUUGACUUUCCUUUUUCGGCUUAACAGCUGAUGGUAAAAAAUGCGAUAUCAAAGCAGCGGCAGCUAUAAAUCCAAUAGGG